CCACAGCGGACCGAGAGAAGCGCGUCGCUCGUCGGAUGACGCAAAUUUAGGCCGACUCGGAGGAGCGGGAGACAGAAAGCGUGGAAGAACGCAGUCGCUGCCCGUGGAUUUGCGGACGUGACCGGAAAUGGAAACUGAAAAUCAAAAAUCUAUGGAUGAAAGCACUGAGAAGAGAAAAGAAGAAAAAAAGAAGCGUUCGAGGGUUAAACAGGUGCUUGCAGAUAUUGCCAAGCAAGUGGACUUCUGGUUUGGGGAUGCAAACCUUCACAAGGACAGGUUUCUCCGAGAGCAAAUUGAAAAAUCUAGAGAUGGAUAUGUGGACAUCUCUCUUCUGGUGUCUUUCAACAAAAUGAAGAAGUUGACCACAGAUGGGAAGCUAAUAGCCAGAGCAUUGAAAAGCUCAUCUGUUGUAGAGUUGGACUUGGAAGGGACCAGAAUCCGGAGAAAAAAGCCCCUAGGAGAGAGACCAAAGGAUGAAGAGGAACGCACCGUGUAUGUGGAGUUACUUCCCAAAAAUGUUACUCACAGCUGGAUUGAAAGAGUAUUUGGGAAAUGUGGCAACGUGGUUUACAUAAGUAUUCCACAUUACAAGUCUACUGGGGAUCCUAAGGGAUUUGCCUUUGUGGAGUUUGAAACAAAAGAGCAAGCAGCAAAAGCCAUCGAGUUUCUUAAUAACCCGCCCGAAGAAGCACCAAGAAAACCUGGCAUAUUCCCUAAGACAGUGAAAAACAAACCCAUCCCUUCCUUAAGAGUAGCUGAAGAGAAGAAAAAGAAGAAAAAGAAAAAGGGGAGAAUAAAGAAGGAAGACAGUAUGCAGGCAAAAGAGUUAAAUAUGGAGGACACGAGCAGCAUGGGGGCAUGUCAAGCUAAGAGACCAAGGACUGCCUCUGAGGGCUCUGAAGCAGAAACUCCUGAAGCUCCAAAGCAACCUGCAAAGAAAAAGAAAAAACGGGAAAAGGCUGACCCGUCUGUCCUCCCUGAAGUUAGGACAGGGAAAAGGGAGAGAAGCAGCGCAGAGGAUGAGGACUCUCAGGCCCCCAGGCCAAAAAAGAAGAGGGCUCACAAAGACGGCAUUGGCGAGCCUGCUUCUGAAGCCUCCAAGGAAAGCAGAGACUUAGAGUUCUGCUCUACAGAAGAGGAGAAAGAGACGGGAGAUGGAAAAGGCGACUCGCACCUAAAAGUGAAAAGGAAGCACAAGAAAAAACACAAGGAGAGACAUAAAAUGGGAGAAGAGGUCAUACCAUUGAGAGUCUUGUCCAAGACUGAAUGGAUGGAUUUGAAAAAAGAGUAUUUGGCACUGCAAAAAGCCAGUAUGGCUUCUCUAAAAAAAACAAUAUCUCAAAUAAAAUUGGAGUCAGAAAUGGAAGCAGACAGUACAGUGCCUAGCAAGUCUGGAGUAAAGAAUGGAAAUGUCAGCCAUCCAGAGUGCUGCACCCAGGAGAAGGUCAAUGCCCAAGGCCCACAGUUCGUGAACGGAGUUAUUGUGAAGAUCACGAGCACAGAGCCUCUACCUGGCAGGAAACAAGUCAGGGAUAUUUUAGCUGCAGUCUCAGAAGUUGUUUAUGUUGAUUUGCUAGAAGGAGAUACUGAAUGCCAUGCCCGGUUCAAAACUCCUGAGGAUGCUCAGGCAGUAAUGAAUGCACAGACUGAAAUUAGAAAGAAACACUGUUGGAACCUGGAGGUCCUUUCUGGUGAUCAUGAGCAGCGGUACUGGCAGAAGAUUUUGGUAGAUAGACAGGCCAAACUUAAUCAACCUCGGGAAAAGAAAAGAGGCACAGAGAAGUUAAUCACCAAAGCUGAGAAGAUUAGAUUGGCCAAGACUCAACAAGCCAGUCAGCACAUUCGAUUCUCUGAAUAUGAUUGAGAAUGAUGGCAGCUCCCUUUGGAUUCCCUUGCUGGAGUGUUCUUAGAAUGCUAGGACUUCGUGAUGGAUUGUUCUGCUGAGAUCUAUAUUAAAAAAAAAAAAACCUUUGUUCCUUGAUGUGUAAAUAAGACUUUUCUAGAGACAAUAAAGUUCUUGUUGAAAUUA